AGUGUUGAAAGUAUUGUUGAAUGGUCCACUUUGUAGCACCUAAAAUAAACGAUAAUCUUGAAGGUUGGGGUCCACCUGUAGACUUGCCUCCAACCAAAUUUCGUGACAUUCCUUAUGCAGCGUUUAGUAAGACGGAUAAAUUAGGAAAGGCAGCUGACUGGACUGCCAAUGUACGAACGGGAAAGCCUUUGGAUAGAUAUAGUGUGGAUGGAGAUGAAGAUGGAUUGUUUCAAAUGGUAGAAGGCAGAAGCAACUCCAAAUUUACUGCAGCCUCACACGGAAGAAACGUCCGAGUUCCUUUCUUGGCACGGACAACUUCCAACUUUAGAGACUUUCGUGGCCGUAACCAAGAAGAAAGGGAACGUUCAAGGAAAUGGGACCGAAAGGAUCAUGCUUUUCGUCGUCGUUUUGACGACCGUAGAAGAGAACUACGCAAAGCUAGUAUAGAAGUGCAAGCUGAUUGGGUACUCAAAGAGGAACUCCAGUUUUCAGAAAUGUCCAAGUUAUCCUUUUCCAAUAUAUCGGAAGCCCAAGAUAUUGUAUCCUGUGGUGUUUUAGAAUAUUAUGAUAAGGCAAACGAUCGUGUCAGUGUAAAAUCAGAAAAACAUUUGGAAAGAUUUGAAGACAGAACUUUUCAUUAUGUAAGCACUACGGAUGAUCCAAUUAUUAGAGAGAUUGCCAGUCAGGGACGUGGAAGAAUAUAUAUUACUGCCUCUAUCCUUUCUUUGUUGAUGUCUGCUUCUCGUUCCGUUUAUUCUUGGGAUAUUGUUGUACACCGCGUUGGUGACAAACUGUUCUUCGAUAAAAGAGAAGGUUCCAUGAUUGAUAUGCUAACAGUGAAUGAAACGGCUCAUGAUCCUCCUAAAGAUGAAAAGAAUCUUCCUCGCGAGGAACAAGUCAACUCUAUGCAGUCAUUGACCAUCGAAGCAACCUUGGUGAAUCAAAACUUUUCACAAGCAGUUCUCAACUCUUCUCAAAAACAUGAAUUGGAACGUCCCAAUCCUUUUGCCGAAGAAGAUGAACGCGUUGCUUCAGUUGGCUAUCGUUAUAGAAAAUGGACUAUGGGAGAAUAUGAAGUUGUAGUACGUACGGAAUUCGACGCAGUAUUGAAACCAGCUAGAGAAGAAGAAAGUCCUUUAUUCCUAUCUUUAAAGGCUCUGAAUGAAGUACCUGAUUUAAAUACGAAACCUGGUAGUGGUAGCGAUUGGAGAAACAAAUUAGAUUCUCAAAGAGGAGCAGUAUUUGCAACAGAGUUGAAAAAUAAUGCAGCAAAGCUUACUCGUUGGACUCUUGGUUCAUUUUUAUGUGGCGCGGAUCAACUAAAACUAGGUUUUGUUUCCCGAGUCUCACCUAGAGAUAAUACCAAUCAUGUCAUAUUGGGUAUUCAGACAUAUAAGCCAAGAGAAUUUGCAGCGCAGAUUGGAUUGAACUUGAAUAAUAGUUGGGGUAUAUUCCAUCAAUUGAUUCAGCUUUGUUUCAAGCACAUGGAUGAAGAAAGCAAAGCAGUUAUUAUGAAAGAUCCCAACAAGCCAAUUAUUAGACUUUAUUCUGUUCCUGAAGAUGCAUUUGAUGAAGAUGGAGAUGGAGAAAAGGACGAAGAAGAUGAUGAUGAUGAGGAGGAGGAGGAGGCCAUUACCAUUCGAACUGAAUAAAAAUCAUUCGUAUGAUGAAAUU